AUGAGUAUUUUAAGAGUGAAGUGUGUCUUUUGUGGAUUAAUAAUUGAUUGCCCGCGUGAAGACACUAGAAAGCUCAUGGCGCACCUGCAGACCGUACAUUCCGAGAUGACUGCGUAUCAACCAUCGGCAGCUUCCAACACACAAGCUACUAAAAACAAGGAAGAAGCAAAUAACACUUAUUCAUCGUCCAGCGAAUAUGUUACCGAAACAGAAGAAUUAAUUCAACCGGAACGGAUUACAUCUGCGACGAAUGAUUCUCACGAUGGUUCCAGUGAUACAGCCAGCACAAGUACAGAAAAUAUUCCAACAACCCGAACUAAGCGACCACGACAAGUUUCGAUCGAUUCAGAACGAUCGGUUCUUUAUCAAACGUCCCUAAGCUACUGGCGCCCGGGAGGACAACCGAUCAGCUGUCCGGAUUGUGGUGCUCUUCAGAUACCGGUCGUUAGAUCCCAUGCCAACAGUGUAACCUGGUCAUCAACGAUAGCUUCCUGCUUUCUUUUCUGCUGGCCACUGUGCUGUUUGUCGUGGUUUUUGUCGGAACCCGUCAGCGAGUAUCUGCACUGUGCAAUAUGCGAUCAGCUGUUGGCUGAGCACGAUAUCAAAUCCGAACGUAUCGUACCCAACUAUGAAAUGCUUGACCGCACCGAAGAAUAA